AUGGAGCAACUGGAUAUGGAACAGCUUAAAAAACUUCCUGGAGAUAGUACUAAGGUAGUUGAAGUGAAAAUAUCUUGGCAAUUAUUACAGGAGAGAUAUGAGACGUUAGUAAGGACAACUGAGGGAUUACACUGCCUAAUGUCAGCUGAUGAAGAAAUUUCGCAGGAGAAUUUAACCGUAGAUAUGGAUGAAACAGAAAAGUACACCCGUAAAUUUCUAACGGGUAAAUAUGCGGUAGAAGAGGCAUUGCAACUUCUUGAGCCUUCACCCAGUCCUGCAUCAAUACAAUCUACUCCUGGAGGAUCGACAACAGGCGUAGUUAAUAUACCGGUUACAGCCAAGAAAAUGAAACUACCGGUUAUUAACUUGAUAAAGUUUGGUGGUUCUACCCGCAAGUGGUUACGGUUCUGGGGACAAUUUCAAAAAAUAAAUCGUGACGCACAAAUGUCUACCGAAGACAAAUUUGAAUAUUUAAUCGCGGCGAUGGUUCCUGGUUCGAGAGCUGCUGAGUUAAUUGCACGCUUUCCACCUACUGGCGAUAAUUAUGCAAAAGCUGUAGACAGUUUAAAAAAUCGCUUUGGACGUGAAGAUUUGUUAGUGGAAGUGUAUAUUCGCGAACUUUUAACACUAGUUUUGCAGAAUGCCAAACGAGGCAUUAACUGCGAUGCGUUAGAAUCUGCGUUACCUGAGGAACUUUUACGCACGUGGCAACGUACAACGGAGUCGAGACAAGCAAAAGACUGCAAAGAGAAACUCGAAGCGUUAAUGCAGUUUAUUGGCACCGAAGUCGAAGCUGAGGAGAAAAUACGACUGGCCACUGAUGGUUUUGGCUUGGUGAACAAAAGCGAGAGGUCCUCAGAGAAAAUGAAGGCGAGUGAAGCUCACAAAUCCAAGAAAGAGCAAAAGAUUGUUCCGACGGCAAUGGGUCUUUUGACAACGAAACCGAAAGAGAUUUGUAUCUUUUGUAAUGGUGAUCAUUCUAGCGCUGACUGCGACAAAGCUCGGUCCAUGACUUUGGAUGAACGUCAAAAGGUAGCUCGAGAUCAGAAUUGCUGUUUUAAUUGCUUGAAACAAGGCCAUAGUUUUCGACGGUGCAGGGUCCAGCUCAAGUGUCAAUGGUGUUCUAAGCGUCACGUCAUGGUUAUGUGUAGAAGCCUGGCGAAUAAUAAAUCGACAGAUCAACCUCCGAAAGCUGAGAAGGAAAAGGCUACUACCAUAGAACAGAAUCUGGCUAAUUUUUUAAAUUUUCCUGAAGUUUGUUUAAUGACAUUGACAGUGACACUUCUUCAAGGUAAACGGGAACAGAUAGUGCGCGCGGUAAUUGACACCGGAUCACAAAAUUCCUAUAUACGCGAAGCGGAUGCGGUAUCUAUGGGUUAUCAUUCAGAAAGAGAGGAAGAAAUUGCACACACCCUUUUCGGUGGGGUUAAGACACGGCCUCAAAAACAUCAUGUGUACCGACUACAUUUACGUAGUAUCGAUGGUAAUUACGCUUGUACUUUUCAAGCCAAAAGUCAAGAGAAUAUUUGUGAUAAAAUUCCCGCUGUUAAGUUUAUGUCGAGCAUGCAGGUGUUGAAAAAGCAAGGUAUUUUUCUAUCAGAUGUUGGCUCAUCCGUGGAACCGAUUAGUAUUUUAAUUGGAGCUGACAUAGCUGGUAAAUUGUUGACUGGACAGCGUGUGCAAUUAGACAAUGGACUCGUAGCACUAGAGACUUUAUUGGGAUGGACACUAAUAGGAAAAUUACCUGUUACUACUUCCAAACGAAAUGAUAUAACUUUAAGUGUGAUUUCUCUGUUAAUUCAAGAUCGUGACAUUGCCAACUUUUGGGAUCUUGAGACUAUUGGUAUAAAGGACGUGGCAAGUCAGAAAUCAAAGGAGACGCGAGAAAAGGAAGUUGUAGAGCGGUUUCUAGAGACAGUGACAAUUGUGACUCCAGUUACUGAACUUCCUGGAUUCUUGAAUUUAGAUUCCGAAUCAUGA